GCAGGAGGGUAUAGGAGUAAUAACGAAAUCGGCGACUGCGCUCGCAGAUUCAGGGCACGCGUGCAACUCGCGCGGCGCAAAGCCUCGCCGCCAAGCCGCCUCCCCUUCCUCCUCCCACCGAAGCGCGCCCAUCACCACCUCGGAGCUCUCCUCCAUCGCCGGCGUCCUCCUCUCCCUCCCCUUCACUGCUGACAGGGCCGCCGUGUGGAGUGGAGAUCCAUUCCGGAACGCCGCGAGAGAGCUCCUUCCUUCCUCCGCGCUGUCGAAUCCAACCAGAUCCGAUGGAGGCGAGCUCCUCCUCCGCAGGCCCCGCGCCGCCGCCGCCCAACAUACCCCCCUCCGGCGACCGGACCGUUUGGGCCGACGCCUCACAACUCGUAGCUGCCGCCUGCGCUGACCUCCAAGAUGGGGAACUUGUACAUGGGGAGAAUUUCAGUUUGUUUGCGGCAAUGUCUGCACUGGAAAUAAUGGAUCCUAAAAUGGAUUCUGGAAUCGAGAGAAGCGGAUAUUAUUCCAUUGAGGAAGCCAUAGAAGAUGGCAUUGCCCCAGUUCCACUUAGUUUGGACAGAACACUUGACAUUCAACGCACUCUUGAUGUCAUUGAUCAUCUUUUCUCAUGUGAGGCAACAUGGCACAAGGGUCACACUCUAGCACAGACCGUCUUUACAUGUAUCUACCUUAUGAAAAUGGAGAGAAUUUCAUCGCAUGCUGUCCUAAAUAGCUUCUGCAGGAUUUUGCGGGCUACUUGCAAUGCUGUCGUUGCUGUCGUUUCAACUGCCCGAACUCAUGAGGAAGAGGACCUAUUUACAAUGUCUUUUGGACUGCCUUUGAAAGAUGAAGGUGAUGAUAAAUGUCUGUCAGUUCUAAACUCGGUUGAAGAGACGGUAUCUCGUCAAUUGCGUGCAUGUAAAUCCCAUGCAUUGUCCAAGAGAAAAACACUAGAAGGUCUUGAAUCCCUGCAGGAUAAUCCUGAUGUGGAAGAGGGUUACUGCAGAGCCUUGUUAUGCAGAUUACGUUUUCGUAAGCAUUUCCACCAUGUUGUUACGUGCUUGAGGAGACCACAUGGAAGAGGAUUAGAUUUAGCUCGCAAGCAUGUUGCGUCAUGCUUGAGUGAGCUUAGUUUGAUGCUGAAGUCUCAAGAGUUCCUGAAGUCCCAGUCCAACAUUACAUUGCAACAAGGUGAUGAAAGCUGCACCACUGCAUCAGGCUGCCGUCCAUUUGGCUUUGAUGUCAGCUUAAACAGCAGACUCAUGAGUGCUGCACCACCGCGUGCUGUUAAAAUACUUACCUGGAGUGAUGCACUCGGGUACUUUGAGAAGCUUCUGCGUGAUCUAGAUGUCAUUUGUUCUUUAUCGCUUGAUCCCGUGCUUGAGAAUGUGCUUCACUUCAUUGCCCAGUUCCAAAAAUCAGUUCCUGAUUUGGUUCCUAGAGCAUUUCUUCAGACUUUAUUGGUUCAAGACGGCAAGCUUUAUGGGCGAGAUUUGUUUUGUGAUGUGAUUUCAAGGGCUUUAUCAUUACCGGACAUUAUAGGAGAUAAGGAGUUCCAGAUGAAUGAGUUUGUAGUGCAGCUAGGUCAGUUGGUUAUCAACUUGCUCAAAAUUCUUUGUACAAACACUGCAUGGCAACGACGCAAGCUUGGGAAGAGCUUGCAGGAUUGGAGUACCAUUUCCAUACAGUUGGAGCUUGCAUUGAAAAGAGAGUUUGGUGAAACUAGAAAUGUCUUGGACCAUGAGAACAUGUGCAUGAGAGUAUCAAAGCAACUACUUGUUUGGACUCAAGAGCAGACAUACUGGGUUGCUUCUCGGUUUCUCAUAUUAGGUUUUGAACUUGACCUGUAUUCUCCCAGUGAAUACUGUAUGGUGUACUGGUACAUGCACGUGGUGUUUAUAAAGCUAAUAGAAAAGAUGCAGUUACGAAUCCUUGCUAGCAACGAAAACGGUUCAGCACGAAGAAAAGGGAAAAAGAAGAAGGAUCAUUCAAAGGACUCUGCACGAGAUGCAGCAUUUUCAUCCUCCUGUCUAUUGCUUCAAUGCUAUGUUUUACUAUCAGAAGGACUUUCAAUGUUGCUGGCUGUCCUGAGAAAUGAAGGCAAGUCAUUCCUGUUGCCAACUAUCUUUAAUACUGAACAAGAGAGAUUCCUGCAGCAUUUUGAUCUUCUCCAGAAAGCACGAAUCCCUGAGCACAUUACAUACUACAGUUUUAAGGAAUCGGCUGCUCAGGCACACAUGGCAGACGUAAUGAAGUACAAUUUUUUUAAGGAAAUCCAGAAGAUAAUCCCCUCUUUGAAAGGUAGUUUUGCAAGUGAACCAGAAAAGCUCGCAGAACUCCGCCAGAUAGAACAGGUUGCUGAGCACAAUAGGAUAGCCCUAAACAUCAUCAACAGUGUUGGUGUUGGCGAUCCAUCGCUAAGGGUCUCAUUUGAGUUCACGCACCACCCUCACUUUGCAGUUGCAGUUGUAAAGAGAUCAUAGUUUCUUCUUGAGGUAGGGUGGAAAUUUCCGAACCCCGUUUCAGGUGAUGGCACACUGGUCGGUCAUUCUCCAUUGUUCAUUGGUUCGGGCAAAGCACUCUUACCUGUGGUUUUAGGUUGUAAGAUGUAACAAUUUUGUAGACAACAGGAAGAAUAGAUCAAACGCUGGGGAAAGCUCAUGUCCCUGGCAUUUUUCUGUCAAGAAAAUUUUGAUAUUAUUUAUUCUGCAAACUAUACGAAUGUUCUUUAAUUCCAGUGACAAUUUACUGGCAAAUUGAGUUCA